AUGUCUCAUACGAUCCAAGAGCGAGAGAGUGAAAAGCAAGAGAAUCAGGACACUCCCUCCAUCUUCUCCACACAUCCCUUAAUUGAUGCCAUAAAUACAGCUGAGGACGAGCUGUGCCUCUUCCACAUACAGGCAGCGUGGGAAAAGCUCACCGCUACAUUUUUGGAUACCGAACGCUGCUUCUGUACUUCACACCCACACGUUCACUUUGUGUUCAAGGUGUGUUUGGAGUGCGUUGGUUGGUGCAUGGUGCGUUGGGUGGUGUUGUUGGUUCGUGGUUGGUUGGUGUGUUUGGUGUGUUGGUUUGGUGCGUUGGUGGUGCGUUGUUGGUGCGUUGGAGAUAUGUUGGUGGUGUUUGGGUUGGUGUGUGUUGGGUGUGUUGGUUUGUGCUUGGUGGUGUGUUGUGCGUUGGUUGUCUGCUUUUUACGCACGGAUGUGGUUCCUACCAGAUCUGCACUUGAUGAUCUCUCCAAACUCGUCUUCCACUGGCUCGUCACAGAAAUCCUCAGGGCGCACACCCUCUGCCAUGACUCCAGGAGACGGGACCACGAGGAGGGACACGGGACGCACCCGCACACAGUCAUGCCACAGAGAACUACUCUCCUUCAGGAUGCCACAAAGCAUAUCCUUGAAGGAAGAGACAAGACUGCUAUGUUAGAAGUAAAACACAUUAAUCCAGUCAAAGGUCGUGGUAUUUUCUCUACCACUGUUUUCAGUCAAGGAGACUUUGUUGUGGAGUAUAGGGGGGUACUUGUUGAUUCAGCUGAACAGAGACGUAAACAGAACCAGAGUGAAUGUUCAGUCUUCAUGUUCGACUUCACAUGGAAGCGGAGGAUUUGGAGUAUUGAUGGCGGAGAGGAAGACGGAUCUUUUGGACGAUUAGUCAAUGACGAGCAUAAGUUGCCCAACUGCCGAAUGAAGUUGAUUGAGGUGAACCCAAAGGACCUGGACCUGAAGUACGCCUACAUCCAAGUCACGCACGUCACUCCGCACCUGGACGACAAGGAGCUGGAGGACCGGAAAACCGACUUCGAGAAAAGCCACAACAUCCGAAGAUUUGUUUUUGAGACGCCGUUCACCGUGUCGGGGAAGAAGCAGGGAGGAGUGGACGAGCAGUGCAAACGACGGACCGUUCUCACCACCACCCACUGCUUUCCGUACGUGAAGAAACGAAUCGCUGUGAUGUACCAGCACCAGACCGACCUAAGCCCCAUCGAAGUGGCUAUCGACGAGAUGAGCGGGAAGGUGGCAGAACUGCGCCUGCUUUGCUCCGCUUCGGACGUCGACAUGAUUAAGCUGCAACUAAAACUACAGGGCAGCAUCAGCGUUCAGGGUCCACGCAACGGCUAA